UAGCUCCGAAGCACACCCCGUAGUCAGACAUCCCGGCCUGAGAACUUUGGAAAGAAUACGCCCAAAUGUUUGAAGCAGUCUGCCAAGAUGAAGCUGAGUGGUGUUUUUGUUCUUUGGAUCGAAAGGAACCCCUCCAGCUCGGCACUUGCAGUGCUGCUCACCGCUGUCUCCUAUGUGGGGCUGCGUGGCAUUCAUGUAAAGAGUUUAGCUAUAAGGCUAUAUUCAGCUGCUUAGCUAGGUUUAACUUAAUUAUCAAAAUCAUUCUUCGACUUGCACGCUUAAUUAGAGCUUAGAAUGUCUCCUGUUUGAAAUUUCGGCACCAGAACCAGCGUGCCUCUUCUGAGAAAACUAAGUUCGAGAAGAAGGGUGUUGGGUUCAUCAUUUUUGUUGGCUCCUUCGGUUUCUUCGUCACCUUUGAGGGUGGUCGAGACAACUUGUAAUGAGUUCAUGAGUUUGAUUCGUAUGGUUUCUCCGUCCUGUCAGGCUCUUCCGGAGCUUGGAACCACUAGCAUUUGCAUUGAGCCUUGAUCCAUCUUGAUCCUUUCUCCACAGCCAUUUUGAGGAAUUGUGCAGGGAAUCAGGGAUUGUUGCAGCUGUCUCGCUGAACUCGACGCGAAGCUAUGUCCUACAACAUGGAACUCUUUCACGACGAUUUCGAGGACCAACUGUUGCAGAAACAAGCGUGCUUCGAACGCGGGAUCAGUGAUGCUACUACAACACCUGGCGCAGAUCUGCCAGAGCUUGAAGAUUUGGAGGACUUUGAGCCCCAGCGAACGGUGGCGAUGCGACCUUCCUGCAAAGGGCUGCACUCUGUGGCUGGCAUGGAGGACAUUCGCGUCAAGUUCCUUGCUGAUCCAGGUCCAGAUGUGAAAAGGAACUACCCACGCGUGCCAUGCCGUACCUGGGCCAUCACGCCCGACGACCCUGAAGCCAUGAACCCGCCAUGCAAGGAAGACCUGGAUCAAAGGUCUGUGGAUUUCCACCCCAUGGUGACCAUGCACCUUUUUCGCCCCUAGUAGUAUGAACCUGCUGGGCGAGGGAGCUGCUGAAGAAUUUUGAUCCGCAUCAGUCUUAAGACUCUUAAGAAUCCUUGGAGGGCACUGGGCCACAUGAAUCAUAUCAUGCAUCCUGAGGAUUUCUGAGGUGCCUUUUGGGGUGCCGUGCCGUGGGUUGUUCUAUGUUCUUAAAGAACAUGUGGGGUCGGAACCGAUGCGGGUCACACAUUUGUGCUAAACUUGCUGGCUAAGCAUUUGGCAAGUUGAAUCUCUUCGCAAAUCCGCCGACCGUGGCGCUUUCAAAUUUCAAUUGAUGGAUGCAUGCCGACGAACGUCCACGGAAUUCUGUCUCCAUUGAUCUCGAGGCGUCUUGAGGAUCAAGAACUCCAAAUCUCCCAAGCCUCAUUGGCUCAAAUCGUCUAGAAACCCGAGCCGUUUAGAACUUAUAAAGUCCCCCUGCCGAAUUACUUGGUCUGUGCAAUCCUGCGCGGACAAAUAGAUUGAAUGAAUAGGCCUGCGUGCCUCUGCCGUGCUUUUUACACCCCGUGAUUUGCCCAAUGGCCAUGGAUGGCUCAUUUGGAAUACCUUUACACUGAUUUGGAGCAUGUCCAGCUUGAUACAGCUUCAUUAGGAA